AUGCCAUCCAAGUAUUUCCUCUGCGUUUGCACGUCACGUGGCCGUCACGCUCGACGGACGUCGCGUGGUUGUUCGCGUGCCUUGCAUCUCUCGUGGCGGUCAUUUUAUGUGCGUGUUCUUCGAACUGCUGGGCUACAUCAUUGUGCUGCGCUGGACGCCAGUGCUUAUCAGACUGGAUACAACCACUUGGUGGCAAAUGUGGAGCAUAUUCGCGACCAGAUCGGACUUCCAGUGAACAUCACGACAACUUUGCAUGGCAACGUGGACAAGGCGGCCCACACAGUGGUGACGGAGACGAUGGACCUGCUCUCGAUCGACCCCGAUAUCCAGCGGUUUGUGACGCUGAAGUGCUUCCUGUCACUGUUCGUCACUCUACUGGUUACGAUCGUGUACGUAUCGCUCAACGUGGGUUUGGCCAUCGUGUGGGGUAUGCUGACCUUCAUUCUUAACUGGAUCUCCAACUUUGGAGCUAUGAUCGAGUCCGUUGCUCCGAUCUGUAUCAUCGCCAUCACACCGUCCGUCCUGAUGAACCCCAUGGAGACGUUCCUGGCGGUGUUUCUCUCCAUGCGCUUCCACAUGUUUAUAGGAAAUUUCGUUGAGGUGAAAGUUUUCGGAAAGAAGCUGGAGAUUGAUCCGGUGAUCGUGAUCCUAGGGCUUCUAUGGGGAGUUGUGGGAAUGAUUCUGUCGAUACGCGGUUGA